UCUCUGUUUCCGGUAAAGAGCCGGAGGGAAGGAACAGGCUCCAUCAUGGCGUACCAGCUGUACAGGAACACAACUCUGGGGAACAGUCUGCAGGAGAGUCUGGACGAGCUCAUACAGACUCAGCAGAUCACUCCUCAGCUGGCUCUUCAGGUCCUCCUCCAGUUUGAUAAAGCAAUCAACACAGCGCUUGCCAACCGAGUCCGCAACAGAGUCAACUUCAGGGGGUCCCUGAACACCUACAGGUUCUGUGACAACGUGUGGACAUUUGUCCUGAACGACGUAGAGUUCAGGGAGGUGACGGACCUCGUGAAGGUCGACAAGGUCAAAAUUGUUGCCUGUGACGGAAAGAGCGAAUCAACCCAGAACAAAAGUGAUAAAUGAGACUCCAACGCUGCAGAGUGAGGGCUCUUUGUGUCUGAUGGAGUCACAGAUGGACUGUACAUAUAAUUUAUUACAGUAGAUGUGUGUGUCAGAGUAGACUAGUCACCUGCAUCAUUUUUUAUUAUUAGCGUUUACAGGAAGUUUGUGUUCAGUUUGUUAUUAUUGAGCUGGAUCAUCUUUAAUAAAACAACUUUAUUUAAAA